AUGGACCCUCAACCCAGCAUGCUGGCACCCCCGGCCGUGACCAAUCUCCGGUCACAAGCCGGCGCAAUGGAACGCACCCUUAGCGAAGACAUUCGAGAAGAACGAGAAGAACUACGUGAAGCUGCCGAGCAGACUUUGAACGUUAUUGUCGACCUCAACCUCGACGGUACAAUCCGAUGGGUUAGCCCGUCAUGGACCGAUGUUAUCGGCACUCAACCCGAGUCGGUCAAAGGAUCCGCCAUAGCCGAUCUGAUCGUGAGCGACAACAAGACUGUCUUCGCUGAUACUGUCGAGUCUAUGAAGAAGGAUGACUCGCGGAGUCAGCGAGUGCGCUUCGCCGUUGCCAUGGGCCCGCUGUCCAAGCUGCUUCCGCUGGAAGACAUCCCGGAACUGGAAACUGACGAUGCUGAAGAGUGCGCGCCUGCUACGAUUGACCUGGAAGCACAGGGGAUAAUGGUCUACGACGGAGUGUCGGGAGGAGAAAGCCACACGAUGUGGAUGAUCCGGCCGUACAUUGCGCCCCGAGAAAUCAAGAUCGACCUGCCCGCCGUCAUCGUGGACUCGCUUGGCUCUGGUGCCGAGGUCCUUGCCAGCUACUUGACGCAGCUGGCAGAGUCCGGGGUCGACGAUCCCGAGAAUCACCCACCACCGCUGCCCGUCCUUUGUCGUAUCUGCGAGCGCCAGAUCUCGCCAUGGUGGUUCGAGAAGCACACUGACCUUUGUUUGCAAGAGCAUCGGGCAGAGAUGGAUGUACAGAUGGCUCAAGACAGCUUGACCGAUCACCGACAUUCGAUCGUCAAAGUCCUCGACGCUCUCGAGGCUAGAAAGAGCCGGUCCCUGACGGGAGAUCAGUUGACACUCCCCGCAGCAGAGUACAAGGGCAUGCUCAUUGGUCCUCCCCCGUCGGCAUCGUCAUCCCCUGGAAGCUCAGUGUCUCAGUCGAGGGAAAGGUCUGGUGGUUUUGGUCAUUCCCGAGCUCGAUCUUUUGCCAUCAGACGCCCCCAAGCAAGAAUCGUGGAAUUGUUGCUCGAUCUUUGCGAUACGGCCAUUGAAAUCAGCACUCCCGCAGUCAAGGAGGCAUCGUCUCAGAACCCUGGCGAGAUUAGGACACAAUCACCACAGUCCGAGUCUCGCAUUUCCCAGGUCAUGCAAUGGCAAUCACCCAGUACAAACACGUUGGAGCAGGAGCAUGGCCUUGCACUUCUGUGCGCUGACACCGAGAAGGCUGCCAAAACCAAAGUCGAAGCCGUGUUCCGACAUCGCAAGAUCAUCGAAUACGCCGAGCGCAUCAGAAUUGAAUUCGCUGUCAUCGUCCAAGACUGCAUUGAUGAGGCCAUGCGCAAAGCUGCUAGGAUUGCCGCUGGGCGCCUUAGCGACUCGACUGAGGACGAAGAGGAGGAAGAGGGGAUUAAUCCUGCCCAGGAUGAACUAUUUUUCCAAGGAUCAUUCGAAAACUCCUCUCUUGCUGCUGCCUUGCAAAAUGUCAGUGUAACUGACAGUCUCGAGAGACCGCGGCCGACCUCCUUCGUGGAAUCCACCCGUUCGAGCAGCCCUAGGGAGUGCCCGACGCCGCGAUCCAACCUAGGAGGCAUCAACCCCGCUGUGCCUGCCCGUGAGUCGAGGCGGGAAUCCUUGCUGUUCGAGAGCGACAAUGGGGACAGUGAUGGAAGCAUCAGGUCUUCAUCGGUGGCCUCAAGACAGCCGCCUCGGACCGACUCGCCGAUUUCCGAAUUUGGAGACCUUCGUCGCGCUGCCAGCGCUCGACAGCAUCACCGCCGGAGUAUCAUCUUGCCUGGAACAUCGUCACCUCGACGACAAGAAUCGCCUUCACGCAACAACCAGCCGUCGUCUCCUCUCAGGAUCAUGAAGCCAAGGAACUUCCCCUUCCCACAGGAUGGUAUUACCUCUCCUGAAGCUUCUCCGCUGUUGCCAACUAGCGAGUUCAGCUCCCCUGCUCAUCUGCCAAUCAACCAUCACCGCAGGCAGUCGUCAGCCGCCAUGUCCGAAUUUGUGAUGAAAGGGCCUCCGUCCCCAAGAAUGACAGCCCAUCAGCCUCCGCCACAGGCACGGCCUGCACCCCCUUCAAUCAAGGAUUUCGAGAUUAUCAAGCCGAUCAGUAAGGGUGCCUUUGGCAGUGUUUACUUGUCCAAGAAGAAAUCGACUGGCGAGUACUUCGCCAUCAAAGUUUUGAAGAAAGCAGACAUGGUCGCGAAAAACCAAGUUGGAAAUGUCAAGGCUGAGCGCGCCAUCAUGAUGUGGCAGGGGCAAAGCGAGUUCGUUGCCAAGCUGUACUGGACAUUCUCGAGCAAGGACUAUCUGUAUCUUGUGAUGGAGUACCUCAACGGUGGUGAUUGUGCAUCCCUGAUCAAGGUCCUCGGAGGUCUGCCAGAAGAUUGGGUCAAAAAGUACUUGGGCGAGGUCGUUCUUGGCGUGGAACAUUUACACAGCCGAGGCAUCAUUCAUCGCGACCUGAAGCCCGACAACCUCCUCAUCGACCAGAAAGGUCACUUGAAGCUGACUGAUUUCGGACUGUCUCGCAUGGGUCUUGUUGGCCGACAGAAGCGUGCUCUUGACAGCCAAAACGGAGAUCCCACGCCUGACUUGCUCAAACAGGGGCCUUUCGCUCGCUCGGCAUCUUUGGCAUCAUCACGAUCUACUUCGCUGGACCUCCACGGUCACGCUCAUUCCCCGAGCAUGACCCCGCAGAUGACACCCGACACCGGAUCCAGCACUGGGCAGCCUUCAUACUUUGCUCUAGGUGGCUCAGAGGCCCGUCGUGUCUCCAGCCACCGCAGCGACAGCGGUGGCAGUGAGACCCUAACCCGCAUGCUAAACAACUUUUCUUUGAACGAGCAGGAUCCGAACUCGCAAGCUUCCCACCCGCAGCCGGCCCACGACGAGGGCCAUGAUGGCACUGGACAUCCAUCUCCUGACCCGCCCCAGCUCCACCACGCUAGCACACAGUCCAGCGUUGACUUUCUGGGCAAGAGCACUCCUCCGCAGUCCUCAAUGAUGCCUCCCCCGAUGGCCCUCUUCGACCCUGAAGACACCAAUCGUCGCUUCGUCGGCACACCCGACUACCUUGCGCCCGAGACCAUCAAGGGCGAGAAACAAGACGAAACCAGCGAUUGGUGGUCUGUUGGUUGCAUUAUGUUCGAGUUCCUCUACGGAUAUCCUCCUUUCCAUGCCGAUGAAGCGGAGCAAGUUUUUGAAAACAUCUUGGCUCGGAGGAUUCAAUGGCCGGAUGAGAAUGAGUGCGAGCCUAUUUCCGAAGAGGCCAAGGACCUCAUCAACAAGCUGCUGUGCAUGGAACCGCAGUCACGGCUGGGUGCUAACCGGGAGGAUAAGUUCCCAUCGGGUGGCGAUGAAAUCCGAGCCCACUCCUGGUUCGACGGCAUCAAUUGGGAAACUCUGCUCCAAGACGAGGCUCAAUUUGUGCCUCAACUUGAGCACCCCGAAGACACCGAAUACUUUGACGCUCGCGGAGCCGUCCUACAGUCCUUCGCUGAAGAGAUGGAGGACCAGAUGUCGCCCCCUGUUUCGAGCACGGCUUCGGACUAUCCCGACCGACCUCACGAUGCCCUGUCCCGCGUCCGGUCCCAAGUCAACUCCAUCAAGCGCAAUCUUAUGCCGCUGCACAUCCCUCCCCACGUCAGAGACUUGAAGAGUAGACGGCUUAGCGAGCCUGUCGUUGCCGAUGAUUUCGGCAGUUUCACCUUCAAGAAUCUUCCGGUGCUUGAAAAAGCCAACAAAGAUGUCAUCCAGAAGCUUCGCGCGGAGGCACUGGCAUCUCAGAGCAAGCCGACCGUCAUCAGCCCCGGCGGUAGCGUUACAUCGCCCGGUCCGGUCCUUGAGGGUAGCCCUGUUCUUGCGAACCCGGUCCAAAGAACAAUCUCGAACGCAAAGAACCGACCUCAAUCACCUUCUGGACUGAGCCACGCCGCCUCCUCUCCAAGCAGGGCCUCUCAGCCGUCCUCGCCGCUUCUGGUGUCUUUUGUGGCUGGCCAAGGAAGCGAGGGUAGACGUAAGGCAUCUAGCAACUCGUCAAACCUUUCGCAGCAGUCAACCGCUCCGCAUCAGCCGGCCUCCCUUGACAUACCACGGGUUCCGCCAAGCUUACAGAAGGCGGCUACGAGUGCGGCCGCGUCUCCAGUGAAGGGCCGGGGCGCUGCACCGCCGCCGCCCCUCGCCCUUUCGCCGCAGAAGAUGGUCUCGACGCCUCGACAGGCUUCAAGCAGUCGAUCAAGGUCAUUGACAGUUGGAUCACAAUCCAAUGAAGGCAGUCCGAUUACGUCAGAAGUAUUGGCGCAUCACCGCAAUCGUCGCAGCCAAGUAUUCGACAUGUCUCCAUCCUCAUCGGACAACGAGGGCGACAAACACAACGCCCUUCUCCGCGUGCAACGUCGUCGUCAAAGCUCCCGACGUCUCUCUCAGAUUGCGUUCGAUGGAGGACCGAUGUUCCGGCCCUUGGACGUCUUGAUUUGUGAAGACCACCCCGUCUCUCGAAUGGUCAUGGAAAAGCUUCUGGAGAAAUUACGCUGCCGGACCAUUUCUGUGGCGAACGGUUCUGAGGCCGUGAGAUACGCCAUGAGCGAAAUCAAGUUUGACAUCAUCUUUCUGGAGUACAGGUUGCCUCAGAUCAACGGUGCGGAUGUGGCUCGUAUGAUUCGGGAGACUAAGAACACCAAUUCUCACACGCCCAUCGUUGCCAUUACAGCAUACCUCAAAGAACUUCAAGCUCCUCACUACUUCGACUCUUUGAUUGAGAAGCCUAUCUCGAGCUCUAAGCUGACGGAAGUUCUUAAGAAUCUUUGCCAGUGGAAGCCAGAAUCACCUGGGAUGAACUAUUCCAUGUCUUUGUCUCUUCCUCAUCCGAUACCAUCCGGCCUGCGACAAACAAGCUCACGAACUGACGAUAGCCCAACUUCAAGCUCCUCGAUGUUCGCAGGCCGCCCCGGCAGCAGCGUAAUAACGUCUAGCCGCGAAGACUCCAUCAGUUCUAGCCUGUUUGGAGACUCUGAGUCGGUAUCUACGGAUGAUGUGCCUGUAGUUGUCAGCAGGAAGGCAACUGGAGACUGGGAGGAAGGCGGGCUGGGCAUUAGAGAGGAUGAGAUGACGCAACUGAGCAACUCUCCAAAGUCUUUGCCGCAUCUCGUGACGCAACAGUCUGCGCCAGGUCAGCUGGAAAACACCCGAAUGGCGAUACCUCCGCAUUCUGUCGAGAAGCUGAAGGCCAGAAAGGAGCACAUGGAGAAGAGACACGCAGAGGGCACCGACUCGGCCGAUGACGAGGACGAGGAGCUUGGUCUGGGUCGCGAAAAACACUUUCGAGGAAAGCCGCUGCUACCUAGCUCCAAGCUGGGUAUCGAGAUGAUGCGGGCCGACAGCCACGACAGCGUUACGAUUGGCUCUGAAAGCACACCCGAGCCAAUCACCCAGGUCGUGACACCCUCGAAAGAAGUGGACAUGCCUUCCUUCGAAGCUUUACAAGACAACGCUACCCGCACACCACCUGACAGUGGAGUUAGCUCAGAGGACAAGACCCUGGCGCCCGACGUCGACGAGACACCUAGGCCGACAAACCGAGAGGACGUAGCGGACGAGGAGCCCACACCUCGACCCUUGGAUAGGGCCGGGUUGUUGGGUACCAAGUGA